UCCGGGACGGGAACUUCCGCCAAAGAGACGGAGCAUGUCCAUUGUACGAGCUGUUCUGAAAGAGUGCCGCGAUUGUUGAGACGCAGGCUGUUAAAUACGUGAUUUCUUCGAAGUUGUGUCAUCUUUUGUUGCCGGUUGUCGCCUUUUAGCCUGGAAUCGUACGAAAUUGUUGUCAUAUGUGAAUCGUAACCGAGAAGUAGCGGUUUGUUACAGGGACAAACAACGGCGGUCUCACCAUAGGAAUUUGUUAGUUAGCGGCAGCUCAGCCACCUUGCGGUCCUCCUGCUAGCACCGGAGCUAGCUAACAUUAGCAGCAACUGUUUUGUGGUGUAAAUCUGACGGAGAGCUGCAGGAAUAUGUAUUUAACCAGAGGCUAUCGCGUUUCGAAAUAAGUCACCGGAGUCAGGAUAAAACAUCAGGGGUUGUUAGCUCGCGAACUAGCCACUUAGCCCAGCUAGCUAGCCAACGCUACCGGAUUGUCUUUCAAAAAAAGGGCAACGCGUGAACAAGAUACUCGGUAGCCAACCUAACGCUGGUUUUUAACUGAUUUGUUUAUCGCUCGCACAAAGAGCAUCGCAAUCGCACAUAAUGAAUGGGUUCAGCACAGAGGAGGACAGCCACGAUGGACCGCCUGCUCCGCCGUUUUAUGGACAGAGCUGCUGUCUGAUCGAGGACGGAGAGCGCUGCGGCCGGUCAGCUGGAAACGCCUCCUUCAGCAAGAGGAUCCAGAAAAGCAUAUCGCAGAAGAAACUCAAACUGGACAUCGACAAGAGUGUGCGACACCUCUACAUCUGUGACUUCCAUAAGAACUUCAUCCAGAGUGUCCGCAACAAGAGGAAGAGGAAGACCAGUGACGAUGGAGGAGAGUCCCCGGAUCAUGAUGUGGAGGUGCCUGAGGUCGACCUUUUCCAGCUGCAGGUGAACACGUUGAGACGCUACAAGAGACACUACAAGCUGCAGACCAGGCCCGGACUCAACAAGGCCCAGCUGGCAGAGACGGUGAGUCGUCACUUCAGGAAUAUUCCGGUGAACGAGAAGGAGACGCUGACCUACUUUAUUUACAUGGUGAAGAGCAGCAAGAGCCGCUUGGACCAGAAAGGCGACAGCAGCAAACCGCUGGACUAAACUUCCCAACAACAACUACCACAGCAGCAGUAGCUACAACAGAAUCAACAGUAAUCGACAACUACAGUGACGAGCAACAACAGCAGCUAUUCACAAAACCUGGACACCACUAACAGCCGCCAAAACCAGCUCCUCCUGCAGCCCUGUCUCCGUCCCACUCCUCUAUAAGACCAGAACACGAACUGUUGUUGUCCUUAGAGGACAUUUAACUGAAAUGGAGGAGACUUCAGGGUGGGAUGAGUUCACUUUUGCUCAUUUUGCCCUCUCCACAUAAAAACAGCCUCUGCGCAUGUUGUCACAAUGGUGGAUCCUCCUCCAAUGCAUUUCCUCUUCCUCUCCUCUACAAAAACCAGGUCCCUAAAGACUGUCCAGGACCAGGACUCAAUCCGCAGGGUUUUACGUCGUCAUGCUGUAAUGUAACUGUUAAUAUGUACAAAAGAACAGCGUCAGAUCUUAAGUAACUUGGUUGAAUGCAAUGUACAAUAUAGCUGCCUUAAGAGUAAAAAACGAAAAAUGUUUCGGUAA